AUGAAGCUACAAAACGUCCUCGCAUUGGGCGCAGCCAUCCAGUCAACCUCGGCUGCGGCUGUCCCGUAUGAACAGACUCCUCUUGCUGACCAAGUACCAAGCGGCAAGUCACCGCUACCCCAGUAUCUCAUCGAACUGGCUCCGUACGACACGCGAUGGGUGACCGAGGAAGAGAAGUGGGAACUGAAACUUGAUGGAGUGAACUUUAUCGAUAUCACCGAAGAGUCGAAGGCCGGCUUCUAUCCCAAAUUCUUCAAAAGCAACGCAGUACAAUACCCCACCAAGUUCGCCCACAAUGAUACCAUCAACUCGCUCUCCAAGAACCUCAACAAGACGAAUAUGCGAAACAAUUUGGAACACUUUACUUCGUUCCACACAAGAUACUACAAAUCGGAAUACGGAGUCGAAUCUGCAACUUGGUUGUACGACCAGAUUAGUGAUAUUGUUAAGAGUUCUGGUGCUGCUGCCAAUGGGGCUACUGUAGAGAAGUUUGCCCACUCAUGGGGCCAAUUUAGCACCAUUGCACGCAUUCCCGGGAAAACCAACCAGACCGUGGUUUUGGGAGCACACCAGGAUAGUAUCAAUCUGUUCCUUCCAUCCAUCCUUGCUGCUCCUGGAGCAGAUGACGACGGCAGCGGAACUGUGACUAUUCUAGAAGUCCUACGCACACUUCUUUUGGCGCCGGAUAUUGUUGCUGGCAAUGCCACCAAUACCAUCGAAUUUCAUUGGUACUCUGCUGAAGAGGGAGGUCUGCUAGGCUCCCAGGCUGUCUUCUCCAAUUACCGGCAGAAUUAUCGUGAUGUCAAAGCCAUGUUGCAGCAGGACAUGACUGGAUUCGUGCAGGGCACACUUGAUGCCGGAAAAGAGGAGUCUGUUGGCGUUAUUGUAGACUUUGUCGAUGCCCCAUUGACACAAUUCAUCAAGGACGUUAUUACCCAGUACUGCGAUAUUCCGUUCGUCGAGACCAAGUGCGGUUAUGCCUGCUCCGACCAUGCAUCCGCCAGUCGCUACGGCUAUCCCUCUGCGUUCGUGAUUGAGUCCGAGUUCCAGUACAGCGACAAGCACAUUCAUUCCACGGAUGAUUUGAUCAAGUACUUGAGCUUUGAUCAUAUGCUGCAACAUGCUAAGAUGAGUUUGGCUUUUGCCUACGAACUUGCAUAUGCACCUUUUAACCCCUUGCCGUCAAGGUCGCACUACAAUAUAGCAAAAAUGGACUACGAAAAAGAACUCUCCCUAGCAACCCUCACAAUCCAACGCGCCUCGAGACUCACAAAAUCCAUCCUGACCGCCGUCGACAAAGGCGCCCUGGACAAAAAGGAUAAUACUCCCGUGACAAUAGCCGAUUUUGCGGCCCAGGCAUUGAUUAUCAGUGCUAUCCAUGCUGUGUUUCCCGACGAUGGGUUUGUGGGUGAGGAGUCUGCGGCGGCCUUGAGAGAAAAUCCGGAAUUGUUAGAGAGGGUUUGGGGACUUGUUUCUUCUUUUCAGGAUGAUGAGGGGAGCGGAGAAAUAAAAUUGGCCACUCCGUCGACGCAGGAAGAGAUGCUUAAUCUGAUUGACCUUGGCGGUAAAGGUCAGGGUGGCUCAAAAGGACGUAUAUGGGUGCUGGACCCCGUCGAUGGGACAGCAACAUUUAUCCGGGGACAGCAAUAUGUCGUCUGUCUAGCAUUACUUGAAGGCGGGGAACAGAAAUUAGGGGUCUUGGGCUGUCCCAAUCUACCCAUCGGAGCAGAGCAAGUGCACGAAGAUAUAGUCGACAAACAUGGCGAUGGACAGAUUAUAUACGCCAUUGCAGGGCAGGGAGCAUAUAUCCGACCUAUGAAUUUCUCUUCGACAGAGCAGAUAUUAUUAACACCUGCAACUCCCGUACCGAAAUACUCACCUAACCUCAAAACGAGCGAUAUACGCUUCGUCGACUGCAAAGCUUCAACUUCAACAAAUUACGAAAAACAUGCCCUCGUCGCGUCCAAAUUAGGGGCUCCUUGGCCUGCAACCGUGGACCUGUGGUCCGCCCAGAUGCGAUACGUUGCCGUAGCCGUCAACGGAGGUGGGAACACGCUUAUUAAGAUCUUGCAGGACGAUUCCUAUCGGUCUUGUAUUUGGGAUCAUGUCGGGGGAAUGCUGAUUGCGCAGGAAGUGGGUUGUGUAGUCACAGACCUCAGGGGAAGGUCUAUUGAUUGUGGGUUGGGGAGGACGUUGGCCGGGUCUGUGGGAUUGAUUUGUGCGCCUGCUUCGGUUCAUGCGGAGGUUUUGAGGGCGGUGCAGGAGGUGGUUGAUAUUGAUUCAUAG